AUGGAGGGGCUCCUGCACAAGCUCAAGGGGCUCGACGCCUACCCCAAGGUCAACGAGGACUUCUACAAGCGCACGCUCUCCGGCGGCGUCGUCACGCUCCUCUCCGCCCUCGUCAUGCUGCUCCUCUUCGUCUCCGAGACCAGGUCGUAUUAUUAUUCAGCAACCGAGACUAAGUUAGUGGUAGACACAUCAAGAGGAGAAAGGCUAAGAGUAAAUUUUGAUAUUACUUUCCCGAGUAUUCCUUGCACCCUUCUCAGUGUUGAUACAAGGGAUAUUAGUGGCGAGCAGCACCAGGACAUUAGGCAUGACAUUGAAAAGAAAAGAUUGGACUCACAUGGUAAUGUCAUUGAAUCAAGAAAAGAGGGCAUUGGUGGAACAAAGAUCGAGAAACCAUUGCAAAAACAUGGUGGAAGGCUUGGCAAAGGCGAGGAAUAUUGUGGCACCUGUUAUGGUGCGGAGGAGUCAGAUGAACAAUGCUGUAAUUCAUGUGAAGAAGUUAGGGAGGCCUACAAGAAGAAAGGGUGGGCUCUUACAAACCCUGACCUAAUCGACCAGUGCGCUAGAGAGGACUUCGUUGAAAGAGUUAAAACCCAACAUGGUGAAGGCUGUAGUGUCCAUGGCUUUCUAGAUGUUAGUAAAGUUGCUGGAAAUUUCCACUUUGCGCCAGGCAAAGGAUAUUAUGAAUCAAAUGUAGAUGUGCCUGAGCUGACUGCUGAAGGAGGUUUCAAUAUUACUCACAAAAUAAACAAACUGUCCUUCGGGACAGAAUUCCCUGGUGCUGUCAACCCACUUGAUGGUACUAACCAGUUCCAUGAACACAGUGCUCAGUGGACACAGCCCGCAUCAGAUGGGACAUACCAAUACUUCAUAAAAGUCGUCCCUACAAUUUAUAAUGAUAUAAGAGGGCGCAAGAUCGAUUCAAACCAAUUCUCAGUAACGGAGCACUUUAGAGAUGGAAAUGUUCAACCGAGACCCCAACCCGGGGUAUUUUUCUUCUAUGAUUUCUCACCUAUAAAGGUGAUAUUCACAGAGGAAAAUAGAUCCUUCCUCCACUACCUGACAAACCUGUGUGCUAUAGUUGGAGGGAUCUUCACUGUCGCGGGCAUCAUCGACUCGUUCAUAUACCAUGGACAGAAGGCACUUAAGAAGAAAAUGGAGAUAGGCAAGUACAGAUGA